AGGGGGCAUGAUUAUGCAUAAAAACAAACAACAAGUAGCUGCAGCAAAACAUAUAGCGGUAAACGAACCCACACAUGGGCAUACAUACGUACGAAAACAAGUUUCAACGGCGCAGAAAUCGUUCAAUUGGCCGCCAUGGAGUUCAUUAGCCAGUUCAUACGACUGGCGAGCAGACGCGGCAACGGAUUCGGUCCAAUCCUGCAGAGAAAUCGGAGCAGCAUCGUCCAAAAAGACAGCACCAUGGACACCACCAUCCACUCAGCGGGCAUAGCCGAGAUCCACAUGGUUCCCAUGAGCGUCAUUCAGAGGCCCAUACCCUCCGUUCUUGACGAGAAGAAGGUGCAAUCCCUGAUGGAAACCAUUAAGGGCGAAAGCAGCGAGGACGAGGUGCCCCCCAUCGAUCUGCUGUGGAUCACGGGCGACGAGGGCGGCGACUACUACUUCAGCUUCGGCGGAUGCCACCGGUUCGAGGCCUACAAGCGUCUGCAGCGGCCGGAGAUCAAGGCGAAGCUGGUGAAGUCCACCUUGGGGGAUCUGUACCACUACAUGGGCUCCAGUGCACCCAAGUACCUGGCCUGAUUUAUGUUAUAUAUAUAUGUGUGUAUUUUAGAAAUGCAUUUCUCGUUGACUUAUUUUUGAUAAGAAA